AUGGUUUCCUCGCUCAUACGCACAGCCGUCGCCCGAACGGCCGUCUCGGCUGGCACGGUUGCUGGGCCCUCGAAAGCCAUCGCUCGAUUCUCAACAUCUUCGAGCCGAUACAUCGCGGAUAACAAGAACGAUGCAUCGCCCGCACGCGAUCAUCGACCAAGAUCGGCGGUGGGGCCGGGCAGCGCUGGGCAGCUGUCGUCGGUGCAGCACAGCAAAGAGGAGAACCUGGGAGUGGAACCGACGCCGACAGUAGGGGGAAAGACGCAGCGAGAUGCGAUUAAUUCGGCCAUGGGGGUGUUGGACAGUCUUGCGCGCGACGUUGCGUCCGGCUCCUCUAGCGCGGCAGAGGAGGGGGCUUCUGCGUCGAUAGCAUCCUCACCGAUUACGACGCCGUCUGCACCGUCGCUGGCUGCGGUCCACGAUGCGUCCACGGGUCCUGCUUACACUCCGACCACGUUGCCGCCAAAGACGGACCCCACACUCGAGUUCCUGACGAACCUGCUCAUGAAGGACGGCAAGAAAGCGCAGGCGCAACGAUUCACUACGCGCACGCUAUCGAUCAUCUCGACCAUGACCAACUCGAACCCGCUACCGCUGAUCCACGACGCCAUCACGCGGACCGCCCCGCUCGUCAAACUGCAGAGCAAGAAGCAGGGUGGUAAGAGCUUACAGGUGCCCGUGGUGCUCACACAGCGCCAGUCGACGCGGAAAGCGUUGACGUGGAUCAUCGAUGCGAGCAAGAAGCGACCGGAUCGCGAGCUCGAGAGACGGCUGGCUGCCGAGUUCUUGGCCGUGGUCGAGGGCACCAGCAAUGCCAUCGCCAAGAAGGAGGAACAGCACCGCAUCGCGACGGUCAACAGGGCUAAUGCUGCGGUUAGGAUUUGA